CAACAGAGCAAGACUGUCUGAAAAAAAAAAAAAAAGUAUUUAGAAUGAAUUAAGACCUAGUAACCUAGUAUUUAAUUGCACAACUGGGUGACUAUAGUCAUCAAUAACCUAAUUGUACAGUUAAAAAUAACGAAGACUAUAAUUGGAUUGUUUGUAACACAAAGGAUAAAUGCUCGAGGGGGUAGAGACCCCAUUUACCAGUGUGAUUAUUACACAUUGCAUUUCUAUAUCAAAGUGUCUUACGUACCCACAAAAGUUACAAAUUAAAACUGGAAAUAAAAAGAAAACCUCAUGAAAGUCUAAGAAUCAGAGGUCAUAUAAAACAAUCACAUAAAGGAAGAAGAGAAAGGAAUCAAAUGGCAACACAAUAUAAUUUCGUUAUACCACAAAUACAGAGGAAGACAAGGAAAGAAUUUAUAAAACAACUACGUAAUCAAUAAUGUGACAGGAUCAAAACCUCUCAUAUUGAUAUUAACAUUGAACAUGAAUGGAUGAAAUACUCCACUGAAAAGAGAGACUGAUGGAAUGGAUUUUCAAAACCCAUCAACCAAGUAUAUGCUGCUUACCAGAAACUCAUCUUACGUGUAAGACACAUUUAGACUCAAGUUGAAGGGGCAGAAAAAGAUAUUCUGUGCAAUGGAAACUAAAAUUGAGCAGGAGCAGCUGUACAUACCUCACAUACAAUUAGCUUUGAAUCAAAAGCAGUAAAGAAAGACAAACAUCAUUAUUUGGGAUCAUUUCAAAAAGGGGAUAUAGCAAUCCUAAAUAUGCAUGCACUCAACACUGGGCCACCCAAAUUCAUUAAAUAUUACUGUAGUUAAAGAAAGAGAUAGACAGCUGAACAAUAAUGGUAGUUAAAGAAAGAGAUAGACAGCUGAACAAUAAUGGUAGGGAACAACACCACACUCAUACUAGACAGAAACUGAUAAUCUGAUCCUAAAAUUUAUAUGGAAAUUCAAGGGACCCACAAUAGCCAAAACAGUCUUCUCCAAGAAUAACAAAGUUGGAGGACUUACACAUCCUGAAUUCCAAACUUCUCACAAAUGACAGUAAUCAAGAUAGUGUGGUACAGACCUAUACACAAAUGUAAUAGAAUUGUGAACUCAGAAAUACACCUUCUCAUUUAAAGUCAAUUUGUUUUGUAUAAAGGUGUCAUAAGAAAGGAAAGUAACGGUAUUUUAAAAUUGUGCUGGAACAAUUGGAUGUCCACAUCAGUCAUAGAGACCCUAACCCUGUGGCUCUAGAGGAAUUAAAGACACAUACAUAGAAAUACAGAUUGUGGAGUGGGCAUCAGGGGGCUGACAGCCUUCAGAGCUGAGAGCCACGAACAGAGUUAUUUAUUGACAGCAAGCCAGUGAUAAGCAUUGUUUCUAUAGAUUAUAGAUUAACUAAAACAGGAAACAAAGGGAUGGGCUCUGACUAGUUAUCUGCAGCAGGAACAUGUCCUUAAGGUACAGAUUGCUCAUACUAUUGUUUAUGGUUCAGGAAUCACUUAAGUGGUUUCCUGCCCUGGGUGGGCCAGGUGUUCCUUGCACUCAUUCUGGUAAACCAACAGCCUUCAGCGUGGGCAUCAUAGCUAUCACGAACAUGUCACACUGCUGCAGAGAUUUUGUUUAUGUCCAGUUUUGGGGCCUGUUUAUGGCCAGAUUUGGGGGCCUGUUCCCAACAUGUCCCCCUUUUUUGUUUUUGCAAGACGAUGAAAGCAAAGGUGGCUUUAUCACGAUGAGCUGCUUCUCUCAGGAGUCAGGAUCCGCAUCUGCAGACUAUGCAAAGACAACACAGAUUAAAGGCACAAUCAUUAUUGAAAUCACAGAGCCUCCAAGUGUUUUUAUCCAUUUUAAUGGGUUAAUAGCUGCUAAUCUGUCUGCAGCUCCUUCAAGCACUCUAGUUCCUGGUAUUAAGGUUAGGUGUGCCUGGGAUGCUUUAAAUAUUUGUUCUUUUAAUUUUGCAAUAUCCAAAGACAAGUUUGUAGAGGGUCCUUCUAGAUGCCUUUUUAUUCUUUCCCAAAUUUUGAUCCUAUUAAGAGCCAUUAAUAGUUUCCACAAAUCCUUGUGUUUAGCUCCUAGAGCAGGCCAUAUCAUUUGAGGUUGAGGUGCCACUAUACUGACACGUUUCCAGAUAAUAGGAACUCUUGUCGUUCUUCUUACCAUUUCUGCCAUCUGACCACUUUGUUCAGACCAGCUGAACAUAGUGUGACCAUGGCAUGCUGACUGAGAGGUACAAUUCAUACUAAACAUCCCCUUCAGGGACCAAUCAAUAAUGAUUCCAUGGGAAUCAUUGCACAACACCUCUGCCUGUUCUGCAAUGCAAUCGUCCCAAACAAGCACGUUCAUUUUUUCGGGCCAGGUCCAAUUCUGUUUACAAAUAGGACCAGAAAGCACGUGUAACUGUGUCAUCUAGUAAUUAUGUCUAGGCACUAUUGCCAUCCAAGAUUGAUAGCGAGGGGGUAGGCAACUAGUGGCCUUUCCCAAACAGAUAGGUGAAUGUUCAAAUCCUAAAGAAAUAUUCAUAACAGCUCCUUCCUCAUGUGGGUGAGACGGGCCUCUAUCAUCUGUUGGACCAAGCAUCCAAGAGCUAUCAUUAGUGUAUACCUCCACUGGGGGGUCCAGCCAAGUUACAGGCUGUAAAAAUGGUGGAAAAGGUAAAUAUGCCCAAUGACUAUAAUUGUUCUCUGUGUCAGCCCUUGCCAAAGGAAUACUUAGGGCAGUGGUGAUCACCGCUGUCAUAGCUAUCAUUAAAUUACUCAUUGUGACUGGUUGUCCCACUUUCCUCAGGUUCUCUUCCGCCAUCUGUGACAGCUUCUUGAUCUGUCCCCAGGAUAUGAAAGAUGGCAAGUCCAGAUAGAAUUAAACGGAAGAUAUUAAAAGCAAAAAAAACAAUGCCCCUAAGUUGCCGGAAGCAAGCAGAGAUGCUGAAUAAGUCCAGGAAUGUUGAAGCACUGAAAACAGCAGCAAUUGGGAGUAAUGUUCCAAGUGGUAAUCAGCGUUUCAGUCCUAGUGUCAUAACUACCAAAUGUAGCCCUUCUGAAAAUGGUGCAUCCUCAUUGGACUCUAAUAAAAAUUCAAUAUCAGAGAAAAGUAACGUAUUCUCUCAGAAUUGCAUAAAACCAGUAGAAGAAAUCAUUCAUUCAGAAACAAAAUUGGAACAAGUUGUUUGUUCGGACCAAAAGCCAAGUAAAACAACAGAUUCCCCCAGCAAUGUCUUCAUAGAAGAGGCAAAAGAUUCACUGAACACUUCUGAAAAUGAUUCUGAGUGUCAGACAAAUGGAACAAGAUCCCUUUUUGAACAUGAAGGGGCUUGUAGUCUGAAGUCCAGUUGCUGUCCACCCAGUGUAUUGAGUGGUGGUGUUCAGAUGCCAGAGUCUACAGUAACCAGUACCAUGGAUGAUAAAAUUGACCAGAUGGUUUUCCAUUUAGAAACAAGCUCCAAUUCAGAAUCACAUGGUAAAAGGCAAGGUGACAACAUUUUAUGUUCAGAAGACUCAGGUUUUGUGCCUGUUGAGAAAACACCUAAUUUAGUGAAUUCAGUCACGUCUAACCACUGUGCUGAUGACAUUUUGAAAACCAAUGAUUGUAGUAGAACCUGUCCUUCCAGUAUUUCAAAUGGUGAAAGUGCAGACUCAACAUGGCAGUCAUCACUUGACACUAAUAACAACAGCCAUUAUCAAAAGAAGAGGAUGUUUUCAGAAAACAAAGAAAAUGUUAAACGCAUGAAAACUUCAGAGCAAAUUAAUGAAAAUAUUUGUGUAAGUUUGGAAAGGCAAACAGCAUUCCUGGAACAGGUCAGACAUUUGAUUCAACAGGAGAUCUAUAGUAUAAAUUACGAACUAUUUGAUAAGAAACUGAAAGAAUUGAACCAACGCAUUGGGAAGACAGAGUGCAGAAAUAAACAUGAAGGAAUAGCUGAUAAACUCUUGGCAAAAAUAGCAAAGCUUCAAAGACGUAUUAAAACGGUAUUAUUAUUUCAAAGGAAUUGUUUGAAACCAAACAUGUUAUCCAGUAAUGGAGCCUGUAAGGUUGCAAAUUCAGAGGCUAUGAUUUUGGAUAAGAAUCUGGAGUCAGUUAAUAGUCCAGUUGAAAGGUCUUCUGUGAAUUAUGAGCCUUCUAACCCUUCAGAAAAAGGAAGUAAAAAAAUUAAUUUGUCACCAGAUCAAAAUAAGUCUGUUUCUGAAAGUAACAAUGAUGAUGUUAUGUUGAUUUCUGUGGAAAGGCCUAAUUUGACAACUCCAAUUACAUCAAAUCCAACAGAUACCAGAAAAACUACGUCAGGAAAUUCUAGCAGUUCUCCUAAUGCUGACGUUACGGCGGUACAGAAGAAACUUGAUUUUAUAAUUGAUUUGACAAAAGAAGGCCUGUCCAACUGCAAUACAGAAAGUCCAGUAUCACCCCUGGAGUCACAUUCGAAAGCUGUUUCAAACUCAAAAGAAACAACCCCAUUGGCACAAAAUGCAGCCCAGGUUCCUGAGUCCUUUGAGCAGCUGCCACCUCUCCCAGAACCACCAGCACCACUACCUGAAUUAGUAGACAAAACCCGAGACACACUUCCUCCCCAGAAGCCUGAGCUCAAAGUGAAACGGGUUUUCAGACCAAAUGGCAUUGCCCUGACUUGGAAUAUAACCAAAAUCAAUCCCAAGUGCGCUCCUGUAGAAAGCUACCACCUCUUCCUGUGUCAUGAGAACUCUAAUAAUAAAUUAAUUUGGAAGAAGAUUGGAGAAAUUAAAGCUUUACCACUCCCCAUGGCCUGUACUUUAUCUCAGUUUUUAGCUUCCAACAGAUACUAUUUUACUGUCCAGUCAAAAGAUAUUUUUGGACGAUAUGGACCAUUCUGUGAUAUAAAAUCUGUCCCUGGGUUUUCUGAAAAUCUUACCUAAAAGCGAGGUCUUUAAUAAUUAUAUAUUAUACUACUUUUUUUUUCAUAUUUGUUUACAAUGUUACUGUAAUACUAUUUGCCGUUGUAAAAGGCCAGCUUAGAUUGUGAGCCCUUUCUAUUGGGACAGUCCUCUUGUAUAUGUUGUUAAGUGGCCAGUAAUUUGAUGAAUUUCUGGUUUGUAUUAAAUAUGUCCUUCCAAUGAAUAAGUUCUAAAACAUAUGCUGUCUUGGUCGCGUGUUGCUGAGGUGUGUUGUGAACAAUACCUUUGGUGACUGGAACUGCUGCUUCUAUCGGAAGACCUAGGAUACAAGCAGCCACUGUUUCCUCCAUUAAUAAUCAGCUUUUAGUGACCUGCUGUGGUCAGCAUAGCUACAGGAAAAGUCAGCCCUUGACUGAGGGCCAGAUCAUCCCUGGAGUGCACCUCUACCAAGAUUUUAUGAAAAGAUGACAUGUUGGACUGCAUAAUACAAAUUAAUAUAAAAAUUAAAAUUUUUUUUUAUUCUCCCAGGUUGAAGCAAUCCUCCGGUGUCAGCCUCCCGAGUAGCUGGGACUACAGUAGCUUGCCACCACGCCCAGCUAAUUUAUUUUUAGUAGAGAUGAGGUUUCACCUUGUUGGUCAGGCUGGUCUCAAACUCCUGACCUCAGGGGAUCCACCCGCCUUGGCCUCCCAAAGUGCUGGGAUUACAGGCAUGAGCCACCACACCUGGCCAAAAACUAAAAGAUUUUAUGAAAAGAAAUGGCUUCCCAUUCUAUUCAGCUUCUAAGUGGGCUAUUCAUUUGUGCCCCUCCUCUUUUUUGUUUUGUUUUGCACUAUGUCAAUCAUUUGGGGAAAAAGCCUGGAGGUCUUUCCUGAAUCUGUUUGUAGACAUAAUAAAAUGUGUGCUGUGUACACAAAAACAUAAUAGUAUCUCUCAUGAAAGCAUUACCCAACCUACUGUUUGAGUUGAGAAUGGAUUUGUCCACCUUAGAUGUGAGGCUUUAGUUUGCUGAUUUCCUAAAUGCUAUCCUUUGAUCAUUUCCUGGCUGCCAUCCCAAUACUAAGGGGCUCAGAUGUGUCUUGUGGCCACCUCUUCCUGAGAAGAGGUGGAGCUAUGACAAGUACAAGCAGACCAAGAAACUCUGAACAGGACCCAAUGGAGGCAAACUUGAGAAAAUAACUGGGAUGAUAAAAAAUAAAAAUAAUCCCAACUGUUCGAAAGUUCGAAAGAGGGGCAUUCUUUCCUGGUACAUGGUGAAAGUUCAGGCUCCAGAGGCUCAAAACAGGGAAUGGUUUUCCUUGGCAUUUUGUAAAUGCUCUCACAUCUGCAGUAAUAAAGCUGUUAUUUUCUGCAGU